AUGACUGGUUCUUUAGAGAGCUUGAGAGGUAAAGCUUCUAUCAAUGAAAAUGGUGUGCCCCUUUUGUCUGGAAAUUUCAGGAAAAAGUUGGGUUUUAUCGAAAUCAAGGAAAUUGUUGCCCCACCAUGUGCAGUGAGUUUUAAGAGUUUCAUACAUUCUGGAAGCCCCAAGGAGUUUGAAACGGGGAGGAAUUCUAGGUCCAUGGACUUUGUGAGAGGAAUUAUUGAGGAAAACGGAAAGGAUGUCAGGGGAGAUUCUCAACAUGGUCGGUAUCAUGUUGAGCAAAAUGCAGAUAUCGUCCAUGUAAAGAUGAUUCGCAAUAAUACCUCUAUUAUAAGGGGAACAAGAAAUUUGGGGCUUCCUCGGGAUGCUUGUCAGAAAUUGAAGGAGGGCCUAAAGUUUCUAGAUACACUGCUGAAGCAACUGCAGAACAUGUUGGACGUACGUCUGGCAAGAAAUAUGGGAUUGAAGUUGGUUGUAAUGAAAGUGAACGGGCUUACUUAUUUCAAGAAAAAGAAGCAGACAAUUUUGAGCUUCAGAAAGGGCUACACGCAUUCACGAGGAGAUCAAAAUGCGAUCGUCUACAUUGAGGACACAACUCGUCGUCUGCGUCCGCAUAAUGGAGAAUCUGAACUUUGAUGGGCAAGUAAAUUGAUGCCAAAUAGUUAUUCAAUUUUAGCACUUAUCUUGAGUGGAAUGGUGUGCAUAGAGUGCAGGCAGAUGGACAAAGGGGAGGGCUCUUUAUCAUGGUCUUGUUGUAUCCUCAUUGUUAGGUUUGUUUUGAGAAUAAUUUAUAAUUUUCUCUUAACUAUCCUAUCCUAUCCUAUUGACACAUUUGGAUGACAG